GUCAGAGCACAAAAUGGCUGCCUGCAGCAUAGAAGACGUGCUUGCUCAAGCAGAGAAAGAUGAAGCUGAACGACUCAAAAGCAUUACCGUUCAGAAAGAAUUGGAUCUUGAGUUUGACUUGGGGAAUCUUCUGGCAUCUGACAAAAAUCGUGUAGAUGAGCGCGAGUUCAAAACCACGAAUAAGGAAGACUUCCUCCGCUCCCUCGCUCGGGACAACACACAGCUCAUCAUCAACGAGAUCUGGAAACAUCCUACAGAAAGAGUUGAAGAUGUUAUUGUCGUUAAACUUCCAGAACCAACCACUGCUUUACCGAGGGAGAAGCCUCCACCGAAACCCAAACCGCCAACAAAAUGGGAACAGUUUGCGAAGUUGAAAGGAAUUCAAAAGAAGAAGAAAACGAACUUGGUAUGGGACGAGGAACACAAGGAAUGGAGAAGACGCUGGGGCUACAAACGUGCCAAAGAUGACACUAAAGAGUGGGUCAUCGAAGUUCCCGAGAAUGCAGACCCAAACGAGGAUCAAUUCGCUAAACGCAACAAGGCAAAGACUGAGCGAGUAGCAAAGAAUGAGUUCAAUCGUUUGAAGAACAUUGCCAGGGCCCAAAAGUUACCCACGCCGGGAGGGGGACUCGUUCCCACCGCUCAACAGUCAAAAGCUGAACUUUCUCAAGCUCUUAAUGUUGCCAAGGUAUCCACGGCUUCUGUUGGUAAAUUUCAGGAGCGCUUACCAAAGGAGAAAGCGCCCAAAAACACCGGGAAAAAGAGGAAAUUCCAGCCUCUCAUUGGCGACUUUUCCAACGAAAGGCAAAACCAGCUGGAUAUAUUGAAGGUGUUGGACAGCAAAAAGCCCCGCAUUGACAUGACCAGAGCUGUAAACAAACAGAUGAGGGAGGAGGAUAGGGAAUCGGCGUCAAAUGCGAGGAAAGGACCUGGAAAGAAGGGUCGAAGGGGCAACAUGCCGGGCAAAGGAAGGGGGGGCUUUUCUGGAAAGGGUGGCUCUUCUGGAAGGGGGGGCUUUUCUGGAAAGGGUGGCUCUUCUGGAAGGGGGGGCUUUUCUGGAAAGGGUGGUUCUUCUGGAAAGGGUGGCUUCUCUGGAAAGGGUAAAGGGAGAGGCAAAGGCAAGCCUCAGAAUUCACGGUCUAAACCAGGCAAACGCUGAGAAUGAACGCCUCCCUCCUUGCUGCCAUGGCCCGCUCCCCAUGUGCCUUUACCACGUGAUAAGUGGCACAGCCCCGAAUAAGUUCCUCGUGUGCGUUUGACAUGUCGCUUUCUUGGUGGGAUUUGUAGUAAGAUGGAUGUGGACAAUUUCAUGUGACCAUUAAUUUCUUUAUUUGUAGAAAUUACUGAUGAGUUGGAAAUGUGGUCUGGGAAAUGGCUCUGUCAUGAAUCUCUGUGGGUCAAACAAUGUAUUUCUGGGAAAUUAGAUCAAGUCACAGUUUAUCUGCUUGUUUUCAUAACUAUUAUGUUCCACAUAGUGAACUAUUGCAUAAUUAUUAAAAGUAAUGUACGUUUA